AUGGUUUAUCACGAUGAUGACACUGAAUCAUACAAUGGAUUUGAUCCAUACGAAGAUGACAAAGGCGAAGAUAGGGCAUAUCACUCCGACAACGAUCCUCGUUACAGCCGCCGAGCCGCUAAAGGGGCCCGAUCCAGAUCUGGUCCUUCUUUUGGCCCUCCCCCUAGAGCUUCUACCUUUCCUUCUACCAAUGUUCCCCAUGGGCAGUCAGGUAGAGGUCGUCCCAAUUACUCCUCUACGGGGAGCCAAAGCGGAGGAAAUCUGUUCGAGAGGCACUUAAAAGAGACGGAAUGGGCAAAGAUAGCUAAUAGUCAUAUAGGAUUACCUCCUCCUUUUGAACACCAGUCCGUCCUAUCCGCAAGGUCAAAAUUCAAAGUAGAACAGGAUGGCUCUCAUCAUGCUGCUAUUUCUGUUCAUCGUGGUGCCAACUCCACGAUGCAAAUUGACCUGGCUAGCGAAACCUUCACUGCUCUUGUACAUGGGCGUGCGCGUGAUUUCAAUGUUCCUGACACUAGAUUACUUUAUAAGGUGAACACAAUGGCCUCAUACAAUCCCGAAGAACCUUCCACCAAAAAAGAUGAGGAGCAAUGGCUGGCAAAUCUAACGCUCUUUCAAGCCUUGCACGAAAUGUAUCCGGAGCUACCUCAACCAAUCAAAGUUGCAAUGUCCAAAGACGCCCUGCAACAAGCCCGAGAUUGGAGACGAGCCUAUGGGGCAAAAGUAUCGAGGUCCAGAGCAUCACGAUCAGUGUACUCUAAUGGCCCGUAUGGUCAGUCCUCGGCAUAUGUUUCAGCAGACUUUGGUGGAACACGUCACAUGUAUCCUCCAACGUACGACUACCAUGGUUCUCCACAAUAUGGUCCCGCUCCUAGUAGCGGCUGCCUGGCCUGCGACGAAAUGUCUGCUUACCAUCGCGAAAGAAGUAUGAGAAAGUAUGGCUCGAUUUCCGUUUCCACUCGCUACAAUCCAAGCUGUGCCGCUUGCCUGGCUGAAUCCCUUGACCACCUUGGGCUGUAG